AAAGAAAUCUACGGGAUUGAGCCUUGGCCGUCUCCUUCAUUGUGAGUCAUGUUCAAAAUCAGGCUGACGAGACCGGUUGGGAUCGGCCUCUUUGGACAAGAUGCAGGAAAGAGUUAUCUAUGAUGUUAUCACGGGUACGGCAAUUGGGCCGACCAGCAUAUUUUUUUCGGAUGUCCGAUUAGCCGGCAGCCAACCUCCGACAGUGGAGAUCCACUUUUACUACGACUGUCGCCAACUGACUGGCAAACCCGACGCGGAAAGAAGCCGCUGGCAUGGCUUGGUUCGUAAAAGAGCCAAUGAGAACCAUGGGAUCUUAUCCCUGUGGAGUGGGCCAUAUGGCAGGAAUGCUGGGUCUCGGUCGUCUCUGCUCGGCGGUGCCUCCGAACCCCUAUGAAUUUAACAGGUUAAAGACUUCGGACGACGCAUGCGGCCACACCUUAAUAAUCCAGCACUUCUCGUCCCAUAUAUUGUGCAAAGCAGUUGGUUGGCGCGGGAUUGCCCUGUUCUCAUCAGUUAUUGCAUAUAUAUUUGUUUUGCAUCUAGCCUGAAACCGAAG